GUCACAUGACGCCGGCGCCGCUCGCUCUGCGAGCCUCCCAGGGCUGGCGGGGAAAACCAGAAAAAGGCACCGCUGCUGCUGCAGCGGGUGGACCCAGGCAGAUUCCGGAGAGACGGAGAGGCGAGGAAAGGGAGGGCAGUUGGGUGACUGCCGCCUUAGCACGGCCCCGCGUCUCCAAGGUCAUUCCCCAGCCUCCAGCGCGCUCUCUUUGUGCCCGGGGCGCCGGGCGCCCCUUGUCGUCCGCCCCGGGGGGGAGGUGCGGCCCGGCCGGUGGCGCCCCCGCCUCCCGGGGACUUUUCUCUGAAGGCCCGGAUACCCCCGAGCAAACUUCCCACGGCCGGGCCUGCCGCUGGAGCGAAACGGCGACCGGGCGCAGCGGCGUUUGCUCAGCCGGGCUUGUCGGAAAACUUGGCAAACUUCGGGCCAGAUCCUCCCGCUUGGAGGGAGACCUUGGGGCGAGCCGAGGGCUAGGAGCGGCGACAUUUCCUUACAUGUCGCCUCCCCAGGACCGAGGGCGAGCGUCCUCGGGGGCCUUCCCGGGAGCCAGGCCCCCGGGAGGACUUUGCGGAGCUUGGUACCCAAGUUUAAUGCUUUUUGAGUUUUCUUUUUAAACAGUAUUAAUGUAAUAAAGAAUGCAAUAAAAAGAACGAAAGACAAAUUGGUUCAAUUGUUUAAAAACGCCCCUGCUGCCGUCUAUGGCUUGUUAUUGCUUCAAGAUGUUUUAAACGCCCUUUAAGUUCACCAUUUUAACUUUGAUGCUUCAUCCAGGCAUGGUACUAUUUAAAACAUAGAGAUACCAUGUAUUCGGAACUCCAGCGUGUUAACUACACAAUAUUAUAAAAUUAGUACCGGGAAACCUCAAAUAGUGAAAUUGCUUAUUGUAAAAAAAAAAAAAAAAUGCAUGUACAUAAAAGACCACGUGGAAAACACCCAGAACUGACACUGUUUAUGUGCCAUCCUACUGUCCCAUAAAAUUAAUCUUUGAAAUGUAAAAGGAUGAGCGUUUUUCUUAUGUUGGUGAAUAAAGAC